CCAGCAGAGCUUUGGACCAAGGGAAGCUACUGUUUGCCCAGCUAUCAGUUUCAUUCAGGGAAGUUCAGCUGCAGGUAAUACAAUGAAAGGAGUCGAUUCCAUAUCUGUUCUGCUGCUUUUGAUACUAGUACAGAAUACCUGGCAAACUCCAAUACAGGAUUCCGAUUCAUCCAGGGCAUUGGAGACGGCAGAGAAACAACCCGUGGUUACUCCCAAUGUGAUGACAGAUGUCAAACGCCAUUCUGAAGGCACCUUCAGCAGUGACUACAGUAAAUACUUGGACAGCAGACGUGCUAAAGACUUUGUUCAGUGGCUGAUGAGCACCAAACGCAAUGGUGCCAACACUGACAAAACCAAGAGACACGCAGAUGGCAGCUACACCAGUGAUGUUGAAUCUCUCUCGGAUUACUUCAAAGCAAAGCGAUUUGUAGAUUCACUCACUAACUACAACAAGCAUCAAAGCGACAGGAGAAUGUCAAAGAGAAAUGCCGACAGAGCCAGCCACACAGAAGAAGAUUAUCCCAGUGAUUUCAGCUCCUACCUGGAGGCAAAAGCCGCCAGAGACUUCAUCAACUGGCUGAUAAAAGGACGAGGAAGGAGAGACUUUGCCGAGGAGAGCAGGGAGAUCGAAAACGAAGUGAUUGCCGAGGAACUGGACAGAAGACACGCUGACGGCACUUUCACUAGUGAGAUCAAUGUGGUUUUGGACACCAUGGCUGCCAAGGAAUUCCUGAACUGGAUCAUCAAUUCCAAGAACAUUCAGUCAAGAGACGCUGAAAAGGACUUCUUCAAUGAGUACAAGGGAAGAUGAGACUGAUUUCAUAUCCAGCUACUUUCUGUUGCAACAUUGGCCAACACGAUGAAAUAUUUACAGCUUUUUUGUUUUGCAAAUGACACUAACCGGGGUGUGUGAGGCUCCUCUUGCCGCUAACUUCAGGCAUUUUGAUGAUUACGCAUUUCAAAUUAGAUUUUUUCUAAUGAUGUGCACAUGUCGUCAAGGUCACUGCACUUAGCGACACGUGGGGAAUCUCUCACCCAGAAUGAAUGUCAUCUGAAGCCAUAAUGCUUUUUGCGUGUGAAAAGAAUUGACACAAAAUGUAGUGUGUUGUUUUGAAGUAGGACUCAAAGUAAAUAAACAUUAUCAAAAGGAUAUUUAAAUGAAUAGCCUGAAAGUUAGAGUCAAUUCCAGCAGUUCUGAAAAAUAUCCGAAUAUCAAAACGAACCUGUUUACAUUGAAUUUACGAAAUUAUUUUUCUAUUAAAUAAUUUGUAUAUAUUUGAAUGAAUAAAUGUAAUCAACUUCAGUUUAGUUUAAAUGGACUAUUAAAAAAAAAUUCAACCGUCCGGUUUCAAACCAAGCUUGUUUAAAGUAAAUCAGUAAUGCACAGCUUCUCGGCCACUCCUACCAACCAUUAAUAAAAUGUUUCAUCU